AAUAAAAAUAAAAACUAAAAAAAAAAAACGUAUAUAAAAUAAACAAAAAUAAUAAAAACAUAAGUGGGGGGUGAAUGUCCCCUCGACAGCUGGUUUUCAGGCCGAGCGAAUAAUAAAGGGAACCACGGGUUUCUAGGCUGUAGGUCCUAAUGAAAGUCCUUAUCGGUGAAUAAGGCAGGUCUUUUCUUGAGUUUUGGUUUUAAAUUAGGGGAACUAAACCUUUAGAGAAUCCUAAAGACCUUUAUCGGAAGUAAAGGCCCCUCUUAAAGGAGUAAGAGGCAGAGCUACCACAAAGCUGAUUUGUUGGAUUCUGUGAAGACGUUUGCAGUCUGAAAAGGAGAUCCCACCCAAUUCAGGAAGAAUGGGUCUACGUGGUUCCAGCUUUUCAUCCAGACUUGCUUCAUUACUGAUUGUCUCUGAGCUCUCUGUGUUGUGCACAAUAUAAGAAUAAACCUGAUUAAGUGAUUUCACCUGAACAGUGCUUGGAAAUAUUUUUUUUUCUACGACAAUCCAUAGAUUUCUUAUGGAGCGUCGUUUUGAGUUGCCAAGUGCCAGUCUCAAAAUCUUUAUGAGUAGAAAAUGAGCGAAACUACCAAUAAGUCAGUGUUUUACAUGUUUUCUUUUUCCAUGUUUUUGUGAUCCAUUAGGGUUACUGUGUUCAUAUUCACACAAGGGGGGAAAGUCUCUGUUUGUUGUGAAGAGGUCAGGGUCUGUUUGCAUGACAAAGUCAAACAUUUUACACACUGUAUUGUGCAGUUGUGUAAAAUCACCCAUGACUUUGAUACCAGACCAUGGAGCAGUAUUGACGUGAUUCUGAUUGUUUAUUCCAUUGUUGAACUUUGACCUCUCAGUGGUGGGUAAACACAGAAAAAGUAGCAGGAUAUUCAUCAGAUCAAACUGUUAGAAAACUUUGGUCUCCAAUCUAAAUUUCAGUUCGAGAGACUUUUUCAUUUUACAUUUAAUAGAUCCACAUUCAUUCAAGUGCAGAGAUGAAAGGCAAUCAAAGGGUGUAGGUGGAGCCUGAGUGGGUGAAACUCACCCACUCACCUUGAGUCAGAGUGGGUGAGUGAUGGAGAGUGGGGGGCCUCUGUCAUCUGCAGACUGAAUCUGAGGACAUUCACAGACAGUCAUGGAUCAUCCAUGGACCCAGAUGUGGAAAUGGACUCUGUGUGUCCUCUUGUGUGGGACGUCUGUGGGCCGAGGAUCAGCUACUCCACAUUACAUGGUGGCCAUUCCUGCUGUUCUUGAGUCUGGAGCAGAGACUAAAUUCUGUGCCAGUCUCCUGCAGCCCAAUGAGUCUCUGCUCAUGACGGUCACUCUGGGAUCGCAGCACAGCAACAUAACUCUGCUGGAGAAAACAUCCAGCACAGAAUUCAAUGAGUGCUUCCAGUUUCAGGUUCCUUUAGUGCAAAACGAAGAUGUGCAAAUGUUUGAGGUGCAAGUGCGAGGUGACACGUUUUCCUCAGAACAAGCCAGGAAAGUCAUGAUCAAAGCCUAUAAACCAAGAAUCUUCAUCCAGACAGACAAACCAAUCUACCUCCCCGGACAAACAGUGCAUUUCAGAGUUGUCUCACUGGACUCCAAGCUGAGAUCUGCCAGCAUGUUGUACAACAUCAUUCAACUAGAGGAUUCUAGGAGAAACAGGAUUGGACAGUGGCUGAAUGAAACAUCCAAUAGUAGAAUAUUGCAGCUGUCCUACUCGCUGAACUCUGAGGCCCAUGAAGGAUUAUACAAGAUCACUGUGCAAACGGGUGAAGACAAGAAAUUUCUUCGCUUCGAGGUGGAGAAAUACGUUUUACCCAAAUUUGAUGUAACGAUGCACAUGAAUGUCUGGAAAGGAAAGUUAGAUGCUCGAGUUUGUGCGCAGUACACAUACAGACAGCCUGUCCCAGCAAGUAUUACACUGAAGGUGUGCCGACCUCCAGAUGAACAAUUUUAUAGAAGGUCACUAAGUCCCCUCUGUGAAACAAAGACAAAACAGACAGACAUGAAAGGCUGCGGAACAUUUCACUUUAAUAAAUCCGUCUUUCACCUCAAUCAACAUUUACUGAACAAUGUUCUGUAUCUCAAUGCUGCAGUGGAAGAGGACGGGACAGGUAUUUCUCAUACUCUGGAGAAGAUGAUAAAUCUUGUAACGUUUUAUGGAAAGCUGUCUUUUUUGGAUGCUCCGAAGUUGUAUGAGAAAGGGUCGAAUGUGGAAGGAAAAGUCAAAGCAGUUGAUUAUGAUGACAGACCCUUUCCUCACUUGAAACUGCUUCUGUUUAAGGAGGAUAGAAAUAGUCGACAGUUGCUGCAGAACCUCACCACUGACAGUAAUGGUGUCGCUGCAUUCUCAAUAAGCACUGAUAAACUUAAAGGGCAAAUCAAGCUUUCGUUACGUCAUGGAGUGGAGUCAUUUGAUGAUGGAAUUCCUUCCCUUGUGGAAGAAGAACUGACUUUGUCCGAGUUUCUACCUCCUUCUCCUGACACCAAAACAAGCAGCUCUCUGGAACUAAAGAAGAAUUUGUGUCUCCCAUGUGACCAAGAGAGCGAAGUCACUGUGAAGUACACCAUAGUAGGGGAAGCCCAGGGAACAGUGGAUGUGUUCUACCUGGUCCUAUCCAGAGGAGCCAUCGUCAUGCAAGGAAAAAAACAAAUCGUUUUGCAAGAUAAGUCAGUGAAUGAUGGUGAAGUGUCCUUCAGCCUGACGGUGUCUGCAGACAUGGCUCCAGAAGUCCAGGUCGUGGCGUACGCUGCUCUACCCAGUGAGGCUGUGAUUGCUCACAGUUCUGUCUUCACAACCGAGAAAUGCUUCAGCAACAAGGUCUCUCUGGAGUUUUCUCCGUCUCCAGCCGUUCCAGCAAAAGAAAUCAAGCUGCAGCUGACGGCUCAGCCUAACUCUGUGUGUGGCGUCAGCGCCAUCGAUCAGAGUGUCCUCAUCAAGAAGCCUGGACACACUCUGGAUGCAGACAAGAUAUUUAACUUGCUUCCAGUCCAGAAUGUACUGACUGUACCGUCUAGCGUGGAAGACCAAACAGUCUGUUCAUUUGGUCUACCAGGACAAGGGAGAGAAGAGGCCAACAGAGUUUUUCUGAACAUGGGACUGAAAAUGGCAACAAACUUGGUUAUCCAAAAUCCUUCAUGCCUGUUCGGGCCAAAUGGAGCUUUGCGCAAUGUGCCAUAUGAUUGGAAUCCACUGGAUUCCUCUAAGAGAGGCAGACUGAGAUUCAAUCCAUCAGAUGGUUCUCCCAUCCCUCCUCCAGUACAGACCGUUCGCACAUUCUUCCCUGAGACAUGGAUUUGGGAUCUGGUGGAAGUUGGGCCUUCUGGAACCAAAGACGUGUCCCUGUCUGUCCCAGACACCAUCACCACCUGGGAGACGGAGACUUUCUGUUUGUCCCCUCAGGGUUUCGGUUUGGCUCCUCGUCAGAAGCUCACUGUCUUCCAGCCUUUCUUCCUGGAGCUCACCCUGCCCUACUCCAUCAUCCGGGGGGAGAACUUUGAGCUGAAGGCCACCGUCUUCAACUACCUGACCAAAUGCAUCAUGAUGAAAGUGACUGCAGCCCCCUCCUCAGAUUACACCCUCACCCCCCUCUCUGGGGAUCAGUACACUUCCUGUCUGUGUGCCAACGAGCGGAAGACCCUCAGCUGGUCCAUGAAUCCCACAGCCUUAGGCGUUAUGAAUGUGACUGUGUCUGCCGAAGCUGUUCCGUCUCGCGCUUCCUGUGAGAACAAGAUUGUGGAGGUUCCAGAAAGAGGACGCAUCGAUACAGUGACACGCUCUCUCAGAGUAGAGGCUGAAGGAUCUGAGAUAGUAAAGACACAGAACUGGCUGCUCUGCCCCAAAGGAGAACCAUUGACAGAGGAAACAGAGGUUCAUCUGCCUGAAAAUGUGAUUGAUGGCUCAGCCCGUGUCACAGUGUCAGUCCUGGGAGACAUCCUUGGGCGCGCUCUUAAGAACCUUGAGGGUCUGCUGUAUGGAUGUGGAGAACAGAACAUGGCUCUUCUGGCCCCCAACAUCUACAUCCUCCAUUAUCUUAAAAACACUCAGCAGCUGACCCCAGCCAUCAAAGAGAAGGCCGUCAACUUCCUGUCCAGUGGUUACCAAAGACAGCUGAACUACAAGGACAAUGAGGGAGCAUACAGCACAUUCGGCAGAGGACCAGGAAAUACCUGGCUGACAUCGUUUGUACUGAGAUCUUUUUUCAAAGCUCAGUCUUUCAUCUACAUCGAUCCAGAAAAUAUUGAGAAGUCCAGGACUUGGUUGAAUCAUCAACAACAGCAAAAUGGAUGUUUCAGAAAAUCAGGAAAACUCUUCAACAACAGAAUGAAAGGUGGCGUGUCGGAUGAAGUGACUCUUAGUGCCUACAUCACCGCUGCCUUUUUGGAGAUGAAUAUCUCUGCGAAUGAUCUUGUGGUGGAACGGAGUCUGCUGUGCCUCAAAGAGUCCAUCAAUGAUUUCAGCAACACCUACACUACAGCUCUGCUGGCGUACGUCUUCACACUGGCUGGAGACAUGGAGACCAGAGCUCACCUCCUGCAGCACCUCGACUCAGUGGCCAUCAAAGACGGCAGCUCCAUCCACUGGUCUCAGACAGCAGCUCCUGUGUCUGUGGAGAUCAGCUCUUAUGUGCUGCUGGCCAAACUCUCUGCUUCCACCACUGCUGAAGACCUGGUAUACGCCUCACGGAUUGUUAGAUGGCUGACAACCCGACAGAACCAAUAUGGUGGUUUCUCGUCAACUCAGGACACGGUGGUGGCUCUCCAGGCUCUGUCCCUCUACUCCAGUCUGGUGUUCAGUCCUGAAGGUUCCAGCACAGUGACAGUUCAGUCUCCCAGCGGUCCGCUGACCUUUGAUGUGACCCCAGACAACAAGCUGUUCUACCAGGAGAAGAUGCUGCAGGGUGAGGCAGGAAAGUACAGCCUGGAGGUGAAGGGGACUGGAUGUGCCUCAGUUCAGAUUUCUCAUCAGUUCAACAUCCCAAUCUUUACUGACGCCACCACACUGAGAGUGAAGGUUGAACCAGAGGCCGACUGCAGUGUCCCUUCUUACAAAUCCAGACUGAACCUUCGGCUGCAGUCCCUGUACAGUGGAAAUGAAAACACCACAAACAUGGUGAUUGUGGACAUCAGAGUUCUGACUGGAUUCACUCCAGACUCAGAGUCACUGAAGAAGCUCAGAGCUGCCCGGUUGGUGGACCAUGUGGAACAGAAGGAUAAUCAUGUUUUGAUGUAUCUACAGGAGCUACAGAGAGGGGUCGCCAUCAACCACAGCUUAGAGCUCAAACAGGAGCUCCCAGUGCAGAACUUGAAGCCAGCUGUGAUCAAGAUCUAUGACUACUACCAGCCCAGUGACCAAGCUGAGACCGAGUACAGCUACCCUUGUGCUCAUGAAGAGUGAGGAUCACAUGAAGACACUGACGUCAGACCAAUGAUUUUAGACUUAUGCAACUCAAUUCAUGCAAAUAUAAAUAUUGUGUUUAAUCAGUUCAGGUAUUCUGACAGUCAGAGGAAAUGGACACGUUUGGCUCUCUGGGCUUCUCUGUCAUCAGGCUUUUUUCCAAUGAGUUUAGCUGGUAUAAAACUUUAGGCAGGUUGUUAAAACUUGGACUGAUUUUCAAAACAUUUGGUGGGUUUUUAGAAGGUGUUCAUUGGAAAAUUCAGUCAAAGCAGUUGCCACUGAGCAGCAGAGAAGCACAAAAUGUUUGUGUCCUUGCACUCAGUGAAUUUAUUUUUAAACAUGUAGAAUCUGUCUAACGUGAUAUUGUCAUUGAUUAGGAGUCAGUAGUUCAUCAAAUGUCACUAUGCAAUAGUAUUGUAAAAGAGAAAUGCCUGUGCAGCUUCAUGAUUUAAAAUGACUUUGUGGCACAAGAAAAAUUCUCAUUGUGUCAUCUCACUAUUUCACACAGGGACAUGUAGGCUGGAUUUCUUUUCUCUGUUGAUAUAAAUAGUACUGUGGUAAUAAACACCAUUUAGAAACUGGA